GACCCGCCGCCUUUUCCUCUAGGUGAGGACCAGUGUCGUCCGAGUUCUGGCUCAGCAGAUCUGAGUCUGGCACUGUAGCUUUCUGAAGGACUGAAGUUGAGCAUCAUUGGAACUCAGCUGCCAUCUGUGCACCACCACAAAGGCUUUGGAGAUCUUUUUCAGUUAAAGCUAUAAUGAUUUUCUUGGAAUGUAGUCCCAGUGGCACCUGCAAUUUGAAAAAGUAUCUAUUGGCAAUUCUGCAGACCGCUUCUAAGGAUCAUUCAGCAGAGAGAUAUUGAAUCACCUGGAAUUGAUCAGUGGUAGUUGAAAAAAUUGUGAAUAUUUAUUCACAUUUUGGAGCUUUUAAUCACUGCUAUUCAUAGCCGCUGCUAAAAUACCAUGUCCAAGAACUCGGAGUUCAUCAAUCUGUCAUUUUUAUUAGAUCAUGAAAAGGAAAUGAUCCUGGGAGUCCUAAAGAGAGAUGAAUAUUUGAAAAAAGUGGAGGAUAAGCGAAUAAGGAAGUUGAAAAAUGAACUCUUAGAAGCAAAACGUAGAGGUGGAAAGACUCAGCAAGAGACCAGUAGAGUCUGUGUUCACUGUCAGAGAAGCCUGGGCUUAAUAUUUGACCGAGGAGACCCAUGCCAGGCCUGUUCACUAAGGGUGUGCAGUGAGUGUAGAGUUGCAGGUCUCGACGGCAGCUGGACGUGCACUGUCUGUGACAAAGUCGCACAGCUAAAGAUUGUAACUGGAGAAUGGUUCUUUGAAGAAAAGGCAAAGCGUUUCAAACAAGUCAAUGUUCUGGGCACCGAUGUUGUCCGGCAGUCCAUCCUAAGAAGAAGUCAAGCUGAAGAAAUUCAGAGCCAAGAGCAAGUCCGUCAGGAUGCAGAAAAGUCGGACACAUCACCUUCUGUUGUGCAUAAGGCAAGCCAUGAAGCGCCCAGGAGAAAGGGAUUUCUUCUCAGCAAGUUCAGAUCAGCAACCAAAGGAGAAAUUGUGACUACAAAAUCUGAAAGUGGGCGGAGCUACAGCUUGGACUUAGAGAGCCAAAGUGUCCAAAGUUUAAAGUCAAGUGCCAAUUCAGACAGGGGGAGCACCGGUUCAUCAGAUAUCAAUGACCAAGAAGUUGGUUCUGGGCCCUCAAAAGGUCGCUGGAGCAAUCAUAGGACUCCAAUCACUCAAAGGCCACCAGCCCCAAGCACACAGAGUGUGAUUUCAGGCAUCAAUAGAGAGCAUAAUUUUAAUAAUCCCAUGGAUUUGGAUGCCAUUGAGAGUACCUCUGAAGACUUCACAAAGCGCCAUCACAGAAAUCCGUCGGGCACACCUUCCAUAGCAGUAUCAGGGGCCUCCCUCUCCUCAGACAAGAGUCAAUCUGAAUUAGAUCUGAGUGGGUCGUUUUCAGAAGAUCUAGAGGGUACUGUAAGCAUAAGAAUCAAGUCUGUCCCUGGGGCUUUAGACAAAGAUUUGGACUCCUUGGAAGAUACUGAAGAAGGCAUUGAUGACUUAGUGUCCUCCCGAUUUUCUGCGAACACUCAUAGUCUAGCAAGUGGCCUUUCAACUAAUUCUCAAGCAGCCUCUGACAGGAAGUGGACCUACCUAAAUGUGCCUGAUGCAGACUCAGACACUACGAGCCUUAACAGCAUGAUGAGUGUUUACAGUGAAACAGGAGACUAUGGAAAUGUGACGGUCAGUGGUGAAAUCCUGCUCCACAUCAGCUACUGUUACAAAACUGGUGGGCUCUACAUUUUUGUCAAGAAUUGCAGAAAUCUGGCCAUAGGAGAUGAAAAGAAACAGAGAACAGACGCUUAUGUCAAGUCAUACCUUCUUCCUGACAAGUCUCGAAACAAUAAGCGCAAGACCAAAAUCAGAACAGGCACUAAUCCAGAAUUCAAUGAGACACUAAAGUACACCAUCAGCCAUACUCAACUGGAAACAAGGACUCUACAACUCUCAGUCUGGCAUUAUGAUCGAUUUGGACAUAACAGCUUCCUCGGGGAAGUGGAGAUUCCUUUUGACUCAUGGAACUUCGAAAAUCCAAGUGAUGAGUGGUUUGCCCUUCAGCCCAAGGUGGAGUUUACUCCUGACAUUGGCCUUCAGUACAAAGGAGAGCUGACAGUUGCUUUACGCUACAUUCUCCCAGAGAACUUGAUUCUUCCACUGGGGCAAUUUCAAGGAAAAAGGUCCUUUAAAAUGGGAAAGAAGAAGGAACUGUCUGUGAUCUCUGGAGGAGCACUAGAAGUAUUCAUCAAAGAAGCAAAAAAUUUGACAGCGGUGAAGUCAGGAGGCACUUCUGAUAGCUUUGUGAAGGGCUACCUACUCCCUGAUGAUAGCAAAGCCACCAAGCACAAAACUCUUGUUAUAAAAAAAAGUGUUAACCCUCAGUGGAAUCAUACCUUCAUGUUCAGUGGCUUGCACCCACAGGAUAUAAAGAACGUUUGCCUAGAGCUUACUGUCUGGGACAAGGAAGCCUUUUCCAGCAACAUCUUUCUAGGAGGAGUUCGUUUGAAUUCUGGAAGUGGUGUGAGCCAUGGGAAAAACGUGGAUUGGAUGGACUCUCAGGGGGAAGAACAACGCCUUUGGCAUACGAUGGCCAACAACCCUGGGACUCCUGUGGAGGGUGUGCUCAUGCUCCGUUCCAGCAUGGGGAAGCGUAGGCUCUGAGAGGACCAGUUCCCUGAGAAUGACGCCUCCAAGGACCACGUGGCUGCUGUUUCCUACCAGUAGCGGACCCGGGAACUGAGAUUCUGAUUUACCAUUUAUCAUCUGAGAGCAUUGUAACACCAGGGGACAGAUGUCAGUGUUAUAAGUAUUUAAGAUUUUGCUGAAUGUUUUAAAAAGCAUGUAUCUCUAUAUGCCCAGGGGUUACAGCUUUCCUGACUGGAUGAUAAAAAAUAUAUAUAUACACUAUCUUGACAAGUCAAUUGUGCAAUGAUUCAUAGGCUUUACCCCAUAAGCUAAAUGGCACAAAUUUACCUAUAUACUUGAGUAUAA